GCGGCGAAGGCGGCGGCUGCGGCGGUUUGAAAGCCGAGCGGAGCCGAGCCGAGCCGAGCGGAGCUGCCUGCAUCCUCUGGGGACACCCCUUCCCCUCCGGGGGAGUCCGGGGAAUAGCAGACAUACCAGAACCUAUAUCCAGAGGAUUGCCUCCCUCAAAGUAGUCACUUUGGAGGCUCUAGUGAUGCAUCUGUUGCUAUAUACAUUUUUGAAAUGCCUCUUUUGGAAUUGCCUUUGUAACCUGUAGCAACGCCAAAAAUCUUUGUCCUUUGAGGGUGGAUUUUGUUUCUGGAAAGAUCCAAAAGUCAUUUGGAGCCAAGGCUGGUGAAUAAGAAGCUUAAGUGAAAAUGGUACAUGUUAGAAGAUAUGAAACAAGGAAUAAUUCUAAGACUCAAGUGCCGGCGUUGAAAUCCCGGGUUGACUGGAGACGGACUAAACGAAAUAAUAUCUUACAGUUACUUGAUAGUGAUGAAGAGCUUGAUAGUGAUGAAGAGCUUGAUAGUGAUGAAAGUGUUGAUAGUGAUGAAAGUCAUGACAGUGAUGAAAGUCAUGACAGUGAUGAAAGUAUUGAUAGUAAUAAAAAGCUUGAUGAUAAAGAGCUUGACUUGACUAAUAAGGCAGAAAAUAACAAAGAACACAUAACUAAGAGUGGUGGCCUUUCAGAUCAUGAGGAAGAAAAAAAAGAAAAUAAAUGUAAGACCAUUAACACAGAUUAUGAAAAGGAUCUAAGUCAAGAACAUACUGAUUCUAAACAACAGAGUGACCAAAUAGUUACAGAGGAGGAUGUAGAAGAAGAAGAACACAUCACUCGAGGAAAGCGAAAAAGGGUAUCUUCUGUGAUGUAUGACAGUGAUGAUAGUGAUGACAGUGACAUUUUAGUUAGAAGAGUAGAUGUUAAGCGUCGUCGUAUAGUGGAGGAUGAUGACUGUUCUUCAGUGGAGGUGGAUCAAAAACCUCCUAAAUCUGAAAAAAGCUCAGCCAUUCGGAAACAGGAACAACUCCAGAAGCUGAAAGAGCUCUCAAAACAAAGAUCUCGUCAGAGACGCAAUAGUGGUAGAGAUUUUGAGGAUUCUGAAGAGGAAUCUUUACCUGAUAGUGAUCUUGAUGAUGAUGAAGAUGAUGAUGAAGAUGAUGAUGAUGAGGAAGGAGAUGAUUAUAUUAUUGAUGGUUUUGUAGUUCAAGAUGAAGAAGAAAAUCAAAACCAAUCAGGAGAAAAAAUGACUGCAUCACAGCUUCAGCUAGUGAAACGAAAUUCUCUUUAUUCUUUCAGUGACCACUACACUCACUUUGAAAGAGUUGUCAAGGCUUUUCUGAUCAAUGCUUUGGAUGAUACUUUUCUGGGAACAUUAUAUGAUGGCACAAGGCAAAAGUCAUAUGCACAAGACAUGUUAACAUCUCUUCAUUAUUUGGAUGGCCGCUUUGUUCAACCUCGCCUAGAAAAUCUAGUUUCCAGAAGUCGCUGGAAAGAGCAGUAUAAGGAACGGGUGGAAAAUUAUCCUAAUGUAAGUAUCCGUUGGAGAACUCCUGAAAAUUGUUCUUGCCAGGCCUGUGGACUCCAUCGAUACUGUAAAUAUACAGUACAUUUAUCAGGAAAAUUGUACAAUGACAGGACCAUGGAAACAGAUGAUUUCAUGUCACAUGACAAACAGGUUCUAAAGGUUGGCAAAGUUUGUGCUGAUCGUACUAGGAUUUACCACCAGCUGAAACAUUUCAAAUACAAGUUGUACCAGGAAUGUUGCUCUAUUGCAAAGACUGAAGAAGUUGAAGAUGAACAGGUCAAAGAAACUGUGGAACGAAUUUUCAGUCAGUCAAAAGAGAGUGGCUGGAUUCAGGAGAAAUAUGAUCAACUUGAAGAAUAUCUCAAUUUUGCGGAUUACUUUCAUGAUGAGAAGUUUGACUAAGUUGUAACACUUCCUUUGGAGAAGAUUUUGUAAAAUUGAGAUGAACAUGAAGAACAAUGAGUACUUGUUUCUGCAUACCAUGCUGAAUAUAUUUGCACAUUUUUGAAGAUUUUCAUAGCAAAAGCUCUUGUUUUUAAAUAUAUAGGUCCAUUUUAAUUUUUGUGAAAUCAAAUCAGUGAUCUUAUUUUAAUAUUUUAUCUGUGGUACAUAGAAAGCGUAUGCUAAAUAAUUUUUUAAAAGCUAAUCAGUGUAUUUUUAAAAUCAUGCCAGUGACUGUGUAAUAGAUUACUAUGUGUCAAGUAUAUAUGAGUUGUUAAUUUCAUGCCAGUUUGAUGGAGAUAUGUUGUAUUUUAAAGUUGUAUUUGGUCUUAAAUAUUUAUGUGUAUUUAUUGCCUUCCCUCUCCCAAAACUUUUUGCCUGUCCAUCUUGCAGUAUUAAAUGACCUUCACUAACAUGUUAUUCAUGCUAUGAACUAAAUCAGUGGGCUGGAAGAAAUCUCAGUAGACCUUCAGUUUAUUCCCCUUCCCCCCCCACCCCCCGCAUCUAACCACUGCAGGACUGUACCUCAACCCCCUAGACAGAAUAGUGUCAUAUGUGUUCUUAAAUAUCCCCUCAAACGGGAUUUCAGACCUCUUAUUAGUCCAUUCCAGUAUCUCAAAAUCCUCACACUCAGGAAUACUUUAAUGUAGUGUCCUUUCAUGAUAUGGGAUAUUCUUUCUUUGUGCUUGCUCAGUGUUAAGCCUAGAUAUAAAUGAUUGAGGUAUAUAUUUUAUAUUUUUUAAAUUGUAAAUGUUCCCAUAUCUAAGUUUAUUUAAUCUGUGGAGAUGUAAAAAUGUCAAAGGUGAUUUUUAGCCAAAAAAUACCCUUAGAAAGUAUAUUUUGUCUUGUGCCAAAUCUAGAAAAAUCCAGUUUAGACUGGUGAAAUAAGUUGUACAGUUUCAGAGGAAACAAAUGGGCCUUGUCAGUUGUUUGUCUUUUGUACUUGGGAGUCCCUCUGAAGUAAGACCAGCUUUUGUAGUGUGGACUUCAGUAUAACAUAAGUUCAUCUUGGCCCUUUUCCAAUGUGGCUUAGAUACAGGAAGUAUCAGAUGGACACCAUUAUAAUAUGGUCUCAACAAUAUGUUCCAUGGCAUAGACGCCAAGGACAGAGUCAAAUGAAGCUUUGGUGUCUAAAGCUGGAUACUAUUAAAGACUCCUUAAUUAUCAUUUUUUCAAUUCAUUUCUUAAAUAUGGCUCCUCUCAUAGUAACCUACUAAAAAAAAAUCCCACAAGAUAGAAUGGAUUUGUCAAUGUAUAACAGUAUUGUGGAGCACAUAGUCUUAAAAGUGUGGAUGACUGAAAUUUCACUUGCAAACCUCUUCAUUCUUCUGGAUGGCUCAUGGAAAUAAUUCCUAGCUGCUUUCUAGGGAAGGAAACAAAGAGUUGGAAUAAGAGGAUUAAACUGUUCAGAGAGGAACUGUUUAAGCAAGGAGAGAUUGGGAGAGAAGUGAUAGUCAAGGUGAAAGGUAGAUGGAGUAUGAGAAGAUAAAAUGCGAUAAAUGAAUUGAAACAAAGAAGAGCAGGAGAAACAAAGACAUUGGCUUCCUCUACUGUACUUGACUCUUGACUCUGGAAACUACCCUUCCUGUAAAGUCCAGGGCAAAACAGAGAGGCCAGGAAAGUGCCCAGACUGGAUAAUUCUUGAAAUACAACAAGAGUCUAGUGAGCCGAGGCAUUUUAUGUAGUGAAUAACAGUGUGGCUGCAGCUGAGAAGUACUUAUGAGUAGCUUCUCAGAUAUCUAUAGUACUUUUAAAAUCCUGAGAUCAUUAUUCCCAUUCCUACUCCAAAGUUCAGUAUUUGUUUUACCUAAUAAAAAAGGAAAAGUUUUUAGGAGCAGGAUUUUUAAAAAUAUUUUUAAAGAAAAACCACUAUGAACCAUCAGAAAGGGACAGGCUGUUAGGUGGUACACUUGGUGCCAGUCAGGUGAGGAGAAAAAUAGUUUGUACAAAAAGCAGUCUGUAGGCAAAUUAAGAAUUUUGAUAACAUAGAAAUAUCCACAGCAUUAUUAAAUUUCAGCUACUAUUAAUAAUAGUAGAUACAUCAUUUCUGUAGUAUUUGAAAGAACUUAAAGAGUUUGUGAACUUGUUAAACUAGUUCAUGGGCCACCCAAUAGGGGUGAGGGAAGAACUACCUAUAAGAGUAUUGAUUUUCCGAAAAUAGUUAUUACAAUUUCAAGUGCUUGAAUAUGUUUGUCUAAAUCAAAUAAAUGGAGACUGGUGGUGGCAGUAGGGGAAAAAAAGGAAAGGAAGGACAAAGUGUUUUGUUGGAUAGUUGUAGUCUAAGGAUCUGCCUUCUCCUUUUGCCCAGUAGCAUUGUUUGAGGAGAGAAUAGUAGUGCUAAGUGACUAUGUAAGCCACUCAUUCUUUAGGCUUGCCACCCUGAACCACUCUCCACUCCGCCCCCUUCACCCCCAGUGAGGCUCAGUUAUGAGGCCUUCUUAAGUCAGGACAGCUAGAAGGUUGAAGCUUAGUCCCUGAGGUGUCCCAUAGGUGGUUUGCCCUAGGAACCAUUAGUAACACUCUUCUACUUUAUUAAUUCUUUUUUCAUGUUUCUCAGUUUCCUUUUAGGACUCAUCCUCUUUCUGAUAGCCUUGGCCCUCCCCUCUCUCUCUCUCUACAGUCUCUACUAUGGCACUCAUGUUUCUACUCAUGGCUUAAGCUACCAUUUCUACUUGAAAUAAUUCCCAAAUCUGUGUCUCUAACCAUGACUUUUUUUCUUAGGUUCUAGACCUUUAUAUACAGCUGCCUCCAAGAUAUCUUAAUCUAGAUGUCCCACUGGCACUUCAUACUCAAUAUGUCUGGUGCUGAGCUUGUUAUCUCCCACCACCCCUAUCUCCCACUCUCACUCCCCCCACCCCCCCCCAAGCUAAAUCUUGCUCCUUCCUCUGACUUCUCUGUUUUUUGCCAUUGGCACAUGCGUUCACUGAGUCUUUCUAUGUUCAGAUUCUUAGGGUUAUUUGGACUUUUUUUUUCCAGACUUUUGUCUAGUUAGUCACUAAGUCUUGUGGAUUCAACAGCCAUAUCAUUCACAGCCAUCUUCCCUUUAUCCAAUUGCCACUACCCCGUAUAGACAUUAUUACCAUUUCCCCUGAUUCAUUCUUAUGAACUCCCUCCCUUUCUAACUAUCCUUUAGCAUAGUAUGGUGGAUAGAGUGUUAAACUUGGAGUCAGGAGGUUCUGGGUUUACAUCCAGGCUCUGACCCUUACUAGUUGUG